UACCUGCUGCUGCUGCCCGGCAACGCCACCGCCUCGGCGCCGCCCUACCCGCUGGCGCGCCUGCCCGCCGGCGACGCCGCCUCCCUCAUCGACCUGCGCGGCUUCCGCUUCCUCAUCAACAACUACCCCUGCGGCGAGCCACGGGCGCCGCUGCUGCUGGUGCUGGUGCACUCGGCGCCGGACAACGCGGAGAAGCGCGCGACGAUCCGCGCCACGUGGGGCGGCGCGGCUGCGCGCGCGGGCGCCGACUUCCGCGUGCUCUUCCUGCUGGGCGACGUGGGCGGCGGCGCGCGCCAGGCGCGCCUCGACGCCGAGAACCGCCGCCACGGCGACCUGGUGCAGGGCAACUUCCGCGACUCGUACCGCAACAUGACGUACAAGCACGUGAUGGCGCUCAAGUGGGCCGCGUACCACUGCCCGGGCGCGCGCUACCUGCUCAAGGCGGACGACGACGUGUUCGUGAACGCGCCGGCGCUGCUCUCCUUCCUGGCGCGCGCCCUCUCGCCGUGGGGGGCGCGCCGGCUCAUCCUGUGCGCGCCCUUCCCCUACGCCUACGUGAAGCGCUCGUGGCGCAGCAAGUGGCGCGUGUCGCCGCUCGAGUACCCGGGCCGCGUGUACCCCGCCUACUGCGCCGGCUGGGCCGUGCUCUACUCGCCCGACGUCGUCUUCCUGCUGUACGAGCAGGCGCAGGCCGGCCCCUACUUCUGGAUCGACGACGUGCACGUGACGGGCACGCUGGCGGCGCGCGCCAACCUCACGCACACGCCGCUCGGCUCGCUGGUGCUGUCCGAGGCGCAGGUGGCCGCCGUGCUGGCCGGCGAGCCGCCGCCGCAGUUCCUCUUCGGCGCGCCCAACAUGUCGCUGGACGCCAUCCGCCGCCUCUGGCGCGUCGUGUCGCGCGCCCACGCCGGCGCCGCCCCCGCCACCGACGCCGCCCACGCAGGAGACCACUCCUGACGACCGUGCCGCCGCCGCCGCCCCGCUGCCCGACAAGUGCCUUCGCAGUCGACCGUCGCCUUCGUCUCUCUCUCCCGGGGGUGCUCCUGCUGGAACGUUCGUCUCGCCUCUCCCUACUGACUCUCCUGGCCACCGGCCGGAAAUAGCGGGCGACCUGAAUCGCUGUACAGUAAUUGCCGAGUUCACUGACGGAACGUCCUUUUCUCAGUUGUUGUGUGUUUCCGACUGCGAAUCCGGCCGUGCUUAGCCUGACGUACAACUGAAUGUCUCCGAUCAUUGGUUUGGUAGCAACAGCCGACAGUAUUUUAGCGAAGUACCUUGUAAAAAAAAGUGAUACACCGAGCUUUCACUUAAUACGACUUGAAACUGACAGUUUCUUUCCAGCUGUACUUUGAUAAAUCGACAGUCUCAUUUCGCAAAAUGUUAAAAAACGAAGACUUUUGUAUUUUCCAGAACUGUAAUUACUAUACUACUCCUUAAUUUGCUUCCGAACUUACUUAAAAAAUCACUCAACAUUCUCUUUACAUUAUUGCUCUGAUUCCCUCACUACCUAUUCAAACCAAAAUUUUGCUCCUAUUGAAUUAACUAAGUUCAUUUUAAAUUCACUACAAAAUUUGGGUGUAUCAAUUAUACCUAUUCUUUUUCAUUUUCCCCUUGCAUUGCUUUCUUGCUUCGUUAUCUCUUUUAAGCCACUUUGGUGAAUAGUCACCUAAUCUACUUUUUGCUUUACGUUUCUUGAGAUUCAGUUGCACGAGUAUAAACUCCAAACAAACUUGCACCUGUUGACAGUAGUACCACACGGCACCCUACUUGUGUAGAUUUACCACAAUAAAAGAAUGAAGUAUGUGGUAUGAAAGGCACUAAAGGAGCAACUGUGUAAAUAAUUUUACUGUCGAGUUUUGCUUCCACUGCAAAAGUAAAAUUCCAAACUUAGCUACAUAAAAAAAUCACUAACAUUAUCUUUACAUUACUGCUCUGAUUGAUUUCCCCACCACCUAUUCAAACCAAAAUUUUGCUCCUAUUAAAUUAACUUUGCUCGUUUUAAAUUCAUUACAAAAAAUCGGUGUAUCGAUUAUACCUAUUCUUUUUCAUUUUCUCUUCGUUUUGCUUUCUUGCUUCAUUAUCUCUUUCAAGCCACUUUGGUGAGUGGUCACUUCAUGUACCUUUUUCUUUACGUUUCUUGAGAUUCAGUUGCACAAGUAUAAUCUUCAAACAAACUUGCACCUGUUGACAAUAUUACCACACGACACCCUACUUGUGUAAUCACUUCAGCAACAAAUUUGACAAGGUAGUCCAGAUCAGCUCAACACCAACUACUCGACAGUAAAAUUAUUUACACAGUUGCUCCUUUAGUGCCUUUCAUACCACAUACUUCAUUUUUCUUUUAUUGUGGUAAAUCUAAACCAGCCAAGUUUAUUACUUACUGCCCACUGCUACCAGAUACUGACAUUACUCGUAUUGCUUUGUCACCACAAAAACACAUAGUACCACUUCACGUGUAAUAUAUUUAACGUGAAUUGGCAAAAGUGAUGCAGGAGAGAUUUACUACGACAAACAGGGUAUUGAUUGUUAUCCUGUGAUAAGGUACUGUGUAACAUAUUCACAAAAAAAAAAUUGAUUUACAUCUGCACCUGUUGGCCGGCUAGUCUUGGAAUAUUGUGAUGAUGACGCAAAAUUAAAUGAGGAAGGAGCAGCUCCAAUUGCAGAAGUCGCAGUGUGAGAGACAGGUCGUGCUCUGUCGACUGGUAAUGUUGUGCCAAAGUUUUCAAGGAUUUCCGUAUUCACCAUUAAAAACCAAGUACUUCACAUUACUGCAUCUAGUAUACCGUGCAAUGUUCAGAACUGUGUAGGCUGGUUGUUACAAGGAAAUUAUUUUAGAAGUUCUACUCGUCAAAAUUUAACCUGAAAUGAACUCAACUGCAGAACUAUGCAAGUGUAUCUUUUACUGCACUUGUCAGUUGGAAUAUAGAAAAUUCUGCUGACAUGACAGGGAGCACCCAUUAUGGAUGCAGCAGUUGGUUUACAUUUGUUUCAAUGCAAAUGAGGAAGGCUAGUGAUAUGUUCUUAAUUGGGGCUAUAUGGGAGCCUAUUAAAAUUGACUUACGCUUAAUGAUAAAUGACAGUAUGUACUUAAAUUUUUAAAAGAGGAGUUGAAUACUCUUUAGAAUUUAGAAUAUAGCCAUUUGUGUAUUCUCACUGAGGAACUGGUGCCACUUCAUUUAGAUACAUUUUUUGAAGAAACUGGAACAGCAACUAUGCUUAGGUAUGUAGCCUAAUAUUCAGGCCUUUAAAUGUUGUUCAAAUCUAUCUGUAAUAACUUCCUAAGAAUUCAUUUCCCUCCUCUGAAUGGAUGUUGAAAACUGAAUAGGCUUUAGUACUUAGUGUGUUGAUGUUGUAUUGUUGCAUCUGUUACCUGACCUGAACUAUGAUAAUGCUAACGUAUUGUACUUUACCAUAUAUAAAUACAGUCCCUCUAAAUAUUUUUGUGUGUCUCACUGUCAGGAAGUCCAAUAUAAAAUACUAAAUAUACAUUGGUUAAGUUUAUUCACAUUUGAUGUAAUUAGCCUCAGUUGUGACAUGAGGAUGGUCACAGUGCUGGGAAGAUGUACCUUUUGGGAAGCCUUCCAGUGUUACUAGUUUACAUGUGUCAUACUGUGUGGAAUGGGUCCAAAUCAGAAUUCAGUAAUUAUUGUGUACGUUCAGACAAUUGUGAAGAUAUGUCUACAUGUGGGAGUACUACCAAGCCAGUAUCUUGCCAGUAGGGAGAAAAACAAUGGUAGACUCACUGGGAGAUAUGAUUGGAUAACUAUAUUGUGCAUUACCUGCAUUUAAUGAGAUUAAGAUAUCUUUUAUGAACAAAUUUAAUUUUGAUAAGUGUUUUAGGUAGAUUAAAUAGUAAGAUGUGGUUAAUUAGUUUUAUUAGCUUAUUUAUUGCAGAUAUAAGUGAUAUAGUAUUUUAUUACUCAAAGUUGUCAUAUUUAUACCACAAGUCGAACACAGGUUAUGAACGAUAGUAAUAUGAAUUUACUUGAAGAUAGAUUGUUUUAAAAUUCUAUGAAAUGCCUAUGGCAUUCCUGAGUAUCACUGCAAUAUAGCGGUGGCCUAUUUUCUUCAAGUCUAUAAACAUUUGUAGAGAGUAGCUCUAAUUUAUACAAGAAAUCUUCUGUGUAGCUAGUCUGCACAGAAAGUGAUGGUAUGGUAUUGUUAUACCAUUGUGUAGUACUGCUUAUAAUCUUUUUGUUAACAACAAACUUUCUUUUUGGUACUGAUGGAAUAUUUAAUCUUAUUAGUGCACAUGGAAACUUUGAUACAUUGUUAGACUAGGAGAGAUUGUGAAACGAAAUUUGUUCUUAGUCAGUGAAUUAAAAAAUAAAAAUCAUCUUAUGUGGUAGAAAUAGUUAUUUAUUUGAACUUUGUUUCUAAUUUGUUAAUGGGAGAUAGUGAGAAUGCAAAUGUAAAUCAUGAAUAUGUACAUUUUUACAAAGUCAUUUCUUUUCAAUGCCAUAUUUUGAGAAUGAUUCCAUUCCAUUUAAAAAUUACACACAGAUCUUUGCCAAAAACAAUUAUAAUCUAACAUUUACUUUCCAGAAUAAUUUCUUUGUACACUAAAAUAGUGAAUGUCACUUUGCUGCAAAAUUGUUCACAACAUUACUACCUUCCUCUUAAGUAUCAGUAUGAAAAAAUAAAUAAAUUAAAAUUGGAAAAAAAUUGUUCCUAAAAAAUUCUCUUUCCAUCAUGCAUUUUCUUCCAACAUUACAAAAUUUAAAUAACAUUUGUGUGUUUUGGGAAAGCAAAUAUUCUUUAUGCAGUCAUAAUAUGAAGCAAGCUACUGUACCAUAUGUGGUCCUGAAAGAGAGAAACUGAAAUUUUUACCCUGUGAUCUGUAGUCACCAUGUGUAACAUAAAAAAAAAAAAACGUGUUAACAGACAGAUUACUAUUUUUAAAAUUUCUGUUUGUCUACUCCAAAACUAGUUGCUUUUCAUUUUUAUAAUUGUCUUGGUCAGAUAUUGCUCUUUCUUUGUAGUAUGGUCGUGUUCAGGGAGUUAAUUUUUGGAACAGUUUCUUAUCCUUCUUUAAACUCUUACGUAUUCUGAGUAGUUGAUAUUUUUAGCUAAGUUACAUAUAAAGUCUGUUCCACUUUCAUUGUCCAAUAUUAGUACUACUGAUAAAGUAAUGCAUGAGACUAAUAUUAGUAACACUACAUUUUUACUUUAAUAUUGUCAGUGAAUUUGAUGCUUUUAUUGAAAUAAUUUUUUUGUGAGAACACUUGUCACUUGUCAUAUGUUCUAACACUGAAGAAAGAAAAAUGAAAAACACAUUUUGCCAAGAAGAAUGACUGUUUAAUGUGACUAAGGCUGUAUGCUCGUAUCCAAUAUUAGUGAGUUUGUUUCUUAAGUAUACAGAGAGACCAACUUUUUACAUACAUCUGACUAAUAAAAUAAUUAAUGAGUGUCUGGUAAAGCAGUGAGGUUACAACAAACAGUGAAAGUAGGAGUGAUGUAACUUCAGUACUGGGAAUAUGAUGUAAAAGUACCUGAAUGUUUAAAGCUCACUACUCUUUUUCUCUGUCCAUUGGGCAGGAAAGAAAAUUGAACCCAACAUCCUCCUUCCUUGACUUCCUUGAAACUCCUAUAUAUUGUGAGUAGCUGAUAUUUUUAGCUAAGUUAUUUGUAAGAAUAUGCUGCCCAUCCAGUAUCCAGCUUUUUAUAUUUUUAUUUAUUCAUUGUGUUGUGUGUCCCUUUGGUUUGUCAGUGUUGGGAACUGAAGUAUGGCCAUGUCUGUUUAAUCCAGGAGAUAGUGAUUACAAGAUCUUAGCAUUUCUCAGAAAAUGUGUUUGAAGAAAUCCGUUAGAAGCCUCCUUGUCACAUUUCAAAGUUGAUUCUCCUGCUUUAUUGCUCAGAGAUUGGGUGGGUGCUGCUACUUUAAUAACACUGAUGUAUUUGAAAAUACACACAUAGUGUUAGGUAUUAAUUAUUCUUUUGAAACUGAAGUUUGCUUCUUGCAUAAUUUUGUUGUAAGCCAUGCUUUACAGUUAUCAAUUGUCUGAACGUAAUUGUGGUGUGUGUACAGUGUUGUGGGAAAUUCACAUUUAAAUUAUAAAAUUCAGGAAUAAAGAUGCCAAACAUUGUCAUGUAUUUAUGUAGUUGUAUACCAGGUGAAUUCAAUGUAACUUGAAAGUAUGGAAAAGUACUUUAAGAUAUUUUCCUCACUAAAAAUAAAGCUCCUUAUCUAUCUUCACAAUAAUCUUGUAUUUCUGGACAGCUUCAUGAUGACAUGUUGUGAGUUUCAAUUUCUGUGUUCUACUUAUCAUUUCUUUGAUGUGACUGAAUUGUCAGCACCUUGCCAUAAACUGAUUUAUACAUUAGACUGAUGGAAGGAGCUGAUUGGCUGUUACUGAUAUUGCUUCAAUAAUAAAAAACUUAUGAAUCUCAAAUGGCAUGCUACAUUAUUGACUCCUCAAAAUCUGGGCCACGUGGGGGACAAUAAGUUAUUGUUAAUGAACUAAUCUGUUAGUUGGUGUACAAGUACUUAAUGAAACAUUGCUGAACAAAAGACAAUAUAUUGCUUUUCAAAAGUGCA